AUGAAGCAGCUCGAGCAAACGGUAAGCACCAUUGACAGUAAACUGUACUACAAACAAGAAGGUGCAAAGGGACGCAUAGAUAUAUCUAGCUUAGUUGCGGGUGCCGAGGUGGGGGGCGCGUGGUCUUGCUGCCUGCCGUGCGCCGGCGGCGGCGGGGGUGGGGGUGGUGUUGGUGUCUCGGGGGCCACCCCUGAGACCAAGAAGGGUUCCUUGCUGAAGCAUCAGCAGUAUCAACAGCCCCACCAGCAACAAAGAAGCCAACAACAACACGAGCACCAACAGCAGAAAGUUCUGCAACAGGAGAAACAAUAUCAACCACCAAAACGCCUUUGCGUGGCUCAGUUUAAAGAACGUGCGCCACUCGGUGAUCUCGACGAAGACCUCGAUGACUUUGACGACGAAGAAAAGGAGUGUGAGCUAAGGAUAGGUGAAGAAGAAGAUUACGGUAGGGAAGGCAGUACUCAGCAUCGGCUUAGCCCGCGUCUACACGACAUCGAGGAAGAGGACGAUGAGGAGGGUCGUCACGUCCGAGAACGACCUUAUCAACCGAAAAAAUCGCCUACGCCGAGCGGCAGCAGAUCGGGUUGGCGUUCUCGUAGGAGCAUCACGACGGCGGGAGCCCCCGGAGGGCACCAACACCACGUGAUUGCUACUGCCGCCGCGACGGCUCAGGCUAGGAUGCAGGCCGAGCAGGGCAGCAUCGGCGAACUACGUGGAUAUCACAACCUGCGAUCCCGCAGACACACCUUGGCCAACGUUCGGUGAGUGUCUCGAUUUUAGCCAAUUCUCUGGGAUGAAAGGCGAACGGAGCGCCGAUCAAUACUUGCAGAUGGCAAGAAUAUUCAGAAAACCGCACGGAUGUCUAAAGGCAUACGUUUUUAAGAUGUUCUUUAAACAUUCGUUGUGCGAAUGGAUCUCUGCGCUGUUUGAUUUC